CAGCUGACCACGACGGAAGGGCGAUGUCCGCUUCCUGCCCCUCCUCCGCCGGCGCGUCGAACUUCACAUCGAGCUUGAGGUUCACUAUCGGUGACCGCGGUCGGUCGUCGUUAUUGUCCGCCCAUGCGUUACCCCAAGGAUCGUCCAUAAAGCACUAUUCACAUCAAGAAUAAGCAGUCACGGCAGUAAACAAUGGGUGGGGAAGCUCAGAAUCUAAGUAACUUCGAAGACGUGUGUGAAGCGGCUGAUGCCGAUCCACGUGCUCUCACGUGUGUUCGAAUUCCAGUUCGCGGGGAGCAACGGGGAAGGCGAGGCUGCCGAUUGCGUUUCUGCUCUGAUCCACCAUCAUGAGUGUGUCGCAAGUUGUGAAUCCAUUUGAAGGGCUCUUGAUUAUGACCGAUGGGACUGAGCUGGCCAUUCAGAAGCUGUACGAGGACCAUCGGCUCACUGGCUACGACAAGGGUCGCACUGAAUUCCUCUUGCCUACCCUAUUCCAGCAUCUCCGCGUUGACCCCAUCCUUACCGCCCUCGAAAAAGCUCGCACUCAGUCGGCCGUUGACCUCGACCAAAUCGACACUCGCCAAUGCCUCACCCUCAUCGCCAUCCCCGCACCUAGCGUGAUUGCCCUCGGGCAGGGCAUCCAAUCACGGUUGAAGGACAUUGCGCCGCAUCUGUGGAUCGCGCCAGCAAGCAAUAUGCACAUCACGCUUCUCGAGCUCGUCGUGGCGAAGACGACAACGGAUGUCGAAGAGACGAUCCAAAAGCUCGGCAGUGAUUUGAUAGAGCAGCUCGUCGGCUACCCGAAGGCGCACCCGACGCGGCUUGCUCAUCCUCGGCUAAACGCCGAUCUUGGAGGCCUCGCGCUGAGUUUUUUGCCGGAGGCGAGAGGGACAUGCCAGGAUGCGGAAGAUGCCCCAUACACAUAUCUGCAUAUGCGACGCGACCUUUACGCGCUGGCGGGAGGAGCAGGGGUCACGCCGCAGGCGCGGUACGCGGCGCCCAGCGCACAUAUCACGCUCGCGCGGUUUGUGAGCGAAGAAGACUUCGUCGCGCUAGCUGGACCGGAGGCGGAGAGGGAGCCGGCGAAAGAGAAGGCUGCCAAAUUCCUGCGCUUGGUGGACACCAUCAACGAAGAGUUGCAAGCGUCGGAUUUGGCAUGGACCGUUGGAGAGGCGGGAGUCGAGCUGCGGCGCGGGAGAACGUGGUACGGUGGUGGAGACGUCGUCUGUCGAGCUUGAGGGAUCAAUAUCUACUGAUAGCGGCAUUGUACGAGGAACAUAAGAGGCUGACAGUGAGCAACGAACUUAUAAUCAGAAGCUCAAGAUGCUGCGAAUGCUUAUAGUACCUUCGGAGGUCAGCAACUUCCACACCC